AACUGUGUUAACCGUCAACUUUCUCUUAACCGUGAUUUCACCCCCAUUCAUAGACAAUUAUUUCCAUAAUUCUAUAUUUUUAUUCACCUUCACAUUGGCCUUCUUUCCUAUACAUACCACGACAAACCCAAAAUAAACAAAAAACCCAAACAUUAUACCUAAUCAAAUAUUCUUUUAGUACUUCCAGUUUCUUUCACUCUGUGCUCCUGUCAAGACUCUAUCUCUUCCAUCUCAUUCUUUAAUUAUUUUCACUUAACAAAAUCAUUUUCUCAUUAUAUCAAAAUCACACCAUGGAACCCUUGAUCUUUUCGGAUAUGACAUUCUAAUAUAGACAAUAACCAAAAAUUUUGUUGAAUUUCCAACAUUUUAAUUGAUUCACUCUAUUUUUCAUUUAGAUUAAAAUAAAAAAUAAAUCUCAGCUAUCAACAUUUAAUAAAUUUACUUAAUAUCAACUUUGGUCAAUACAAUAUUCAAUCUAGAAUUUCAAUAGUUUAAUAUGUGACAUAUUCUUUUUACAUUUAGAGCUUACAAUCAAAAUUAAUUUUCUUCUUUGAUCAAAACAUGUACAUUUCUUUCAGCGCAGUUUUCCUAAUUUAAUAUCAGUCUUUAUCCAUUUAACAAUUCACACAAUUUAAUUUCAAAACAGUAAUUAUAUUUCAUUUAUUUGUCCACUGAACAUAGGCAACUUACCUUAUCACCUUUUUAAUAAUUUUUCUAAAUUUAGAUUUUCAAUAGUUCUAUAUGGGACAAACUCUUUACAUUCAGUCAUAACAAAAUAUUUUUAGAGAAGAUUUCUUGAUUAAGAUAUGUACAUACAUUUUUUCAAUUCCACUUCCCUUUUUUAAUAUCAUUUCCUUUAAUACCUCCAAUAAUUCACAUUACAGAUCUAUAGAUUGGUAUUUUCUCAUUAUAUUCGUUGGUUCCCUGAAACAUAUGCAACCGACCAUUCACUAUUGGCAUUACUUCCAAUUCUACAGCUGCUACUCUAUUAAAAUAUCAUAUUUUGAUAAAAAAAAUUUUAAAAAUUUUCUAUAUAAUUUUCAAUAAUAUUCAUUCAUUAUAACUUUGCUCAAAUUAAUAUAAUUAUUAUCAGUCCUAUACAGUAGACAAACAGUCUAUGACGUCACAGCAUAUGAGUAGAAUUUUGCUUUUGUUUACGGUGCACUAAUGAAUAUAUCAUUAUAGCUUAUUAACCUUUAUUUACAAUUUAGAAUUCAUAUCAAACAAAUUUAAUAGUUGCAUAUUCACAAUUGAAUAAUUAAGUUAAAUAUUAAUGCACAUUGUCAAAAAUUUUUCGGUUGACAUUUGAGAAAUCCACCUAUCUUCUUUGACAUCUUGUCAUGAAUUUUCAGGCACCAAUCUGUCUAAUCAGUUGGUUGUUAACCUCUCACCUGAUCACAACCUUGUGCUAAUUCCGAGCAAGGAUGACAUACAUCCACAUGUGAUACAUUUUUAAUCUUAAGACAUCGACUUAUUGUCGAUUACUAUACAGCUCAUAAUGUAGCAAUAAUGUUAUUUUGAGGUUUUACACCUAUUCAAGUGGCUAGUUUCAAUUACUUGUACACUGGACGUUUACACUGAGGAUGGUCAGUUUGACCGAAAACGUUUUGUACAACCACUCCCUUGUGGAUGAAUUUUAAAAUUUUUUAAUAAAUUUAUAAUAUACCUAUAUACAACAGAAGUGUUUACUUCAUUCUACGUUGUCUUAACAAAGGUAUACAGCCAACUACAGGGUUUACCCUUUUAAUGUUUUAUUUAAUGACGAUAUGGUCAACUUGGCUCUUAAGUACUUGCGGCUAGCUACAAAGAGGAACAACACUAAAUUGGAUAUAUGGUUCAUAUCUCAAUGCCUUAAUCACAAAGUCAUUCCAAAUUUUUGCAGAGUAAAAACAUCAAAAAAUGUACCUCCAAACAUCAGGAGCUCACUACAAGUUAAAUUAAUGAAGAAGGAGAUAUGUAACCACUAUGGAAAAUUAAACUACCUCAACUGUCAACUUAAGGUAAUGUAUGAUUCUUUGCUCGAAAUAAUAGGUUUUAUCAAUAUUAAUAACUUUAUGUCAGAUGUUCAGGAUAAGGUGGAGAUUUCUAAUUCAAUUAAAUUUAAUAGAGUUAAUAACAAAUUAAUUAAACUUAUUCAAGCCAAAACUUUGCUCGAUCAAGCUUCAGAUGUCAGAGAUGUCAGAAAGUUUUCAGAUUUCAAAUUCCAUCCCCGUAUAAAGAACCUCACCAACAUUAAUUUUUCCAAAGACGAAAUACAAUUGCUCAACUACGGUCUUAAACACUCAGUCCCCAAAGAUUUUUCAAUCAAAGAUAUAGAGAACCUUUCUAUCGAGACAGACAUAGUUAUCGAAAAUCUCUCCGUAACCCUUUCAGACAGAACAUCUAUCAGAAACUCUUGUUACCGCUUUCUCAACAAAUUCAAAACUAAAAUUGAUUCUUCCAAUAACUCUUCUUUCUCACAUAGUCUUUCUUCCAAAAAAGCCAACUCUUUUCUUAAGUCAUUAAAAUCAAUUAAACAAAAAAUUACAAACCAUCAAUUAAUUUUCAGUAAAGCAGACAAAGGUAACUGUCUUGUCAUCCUUGAACGUGACUUAUAUAACAACAAAGUCACAUCUUUCUUAGAGAGCAACCAUUUUACUUCUAUAACAGUAGAUCCUACAAAAAGAUUUAUCACUAAACUUAAAGACAACAUCAAACAAUUUUCUGAUUUUUUCACUGAAUUUGAUGCUCCAUACAGCAAAAUUCCUAGCAACCCUUUAGUUCCAAGGUUGUAUGGUUUGCCAAAAAUACACAAAGUUGACAUGCCUAUACGCCCCGUUGUUAGCUUCAUUAAUACUCCAGUUUCUAUCUUAUCUAAAUUUCUAUUAAAAACAAUAAAAAACUUAAUUAACUUCACUCCUCAAUUUUCAGUUUCUAACACUUACCAAUUGGUUGAAAAACUUCAACUCAUCAAUCUGAAUCCAAACAUUACUAUGCUUUCUUUUGAUGUUAGCAACCUAUUUACUUCAGUACCCAAAAAUGAAACAAUUAGUCUGGUAAAAACUCUCCUAAUCAAUAAGGUUAUUCAACCCCAUAUCAUUUCUUCGAUAAUAGAUAUUCUACAAAUUUGUCUAUCACAAGAUUUCUUUAUUUUUAACAAUAAUUUCUAUAAACAACCAGAUGGUUUAGCAAUGGGUAGUUGCUUAUCCCCCUUUCUAGCUGAUGUUUUUAUGGAUCAUUUAGAAUCCAAUUAUAUCAUGAAAAAUCCUGAAGUUCUACAUUGGUUCCGUUACGUAGAUGAUUGUCUCGUUUUUGUGGAUGGUCAGCAAGACUCAGCUAAUCACCUUUUAUUCAAAAUCAAUCAAAUCCAUCCCAAUAUCAAAUUUACUAUGGAACUAGAAUCAUCUAAUGCCAUUAAUUUUUUAGACCUUUCCAUUACCAGACUCAACAACCAGUUCAACUUUGGUAUUUACCGCAAGCCUACUCAAACUGAUCAUGUUAUCCAUUCUUCAUCCAACCACCCACUGUCUCAUAAAUAUUCUGCUUUUAGGAGUUUCAUCCAUAGACUACAUACACUACCUCUAUCUACAGCUGAAUUUAACAAGGAACUUAAUAUAAUCAAACAAAUAGCAGUCAACAAUGAUUACAACCCUAAUAUAAUCGACAAGCUCAUCCGGAAAAGAGAAUCCAAUCGUCUUCAGCAACUAGCUUACAAUUCAAACCCAGUCAUCACACCAAUCUAUAGGUCCCUACCUUUUCAUAAUACUGUCAUAUCUGAGAAGAUCAAACACAUUCUCUGUUCUUCGGACAAUGUCCACAUAUCAUUUAAAGUCAAUAACACUCUCAACAAAACAUUAUCUAACACUAAAGAUCCAAUCAACUUUAUGAAUCGUAGUGGUGUUUACAGAUUAUCUUGUUCCGAUUGUGAUGCCUCUUAUGUAGGAAGAACCUAUAGAUCACUGUCUACUAGAGCAGCAGAGCACACUAAACGUGACAAUACAUCAGCUUUCUCUCACCAUCUCAAAGUCAACAAACACCACCUUAACAUCCCAGAUGGUGUGACUUUGAUUCAUAACAUCCAAGAUAAGAAUACCCUUCGUUUAGACCUAUAUGAGGAUUUAGAGAUUGUCAGGGACGCAAGGACAAGUCCAAACUGUGUUAACCGUCAACUUUCUCUUAACCGUGAUUUCACCCCCAUUCAUAGACAAUUAUUUCCAUAAUUCUAUAUUUUUAUUCACCUUCACAUUGGCCUUCUUUCCUAUACAUACCACGACAAACCCAAAAUAAACAAAAAACCCAAACAUUAUACCUAAUCAAAUAUUCUUUUAGUACUUCCAGUUUCUUUCACUCUGUGCUCCUGUCAAGACUCUAUCUCUUCCAUCUCAUUCUUUAAUUAUUUUCACUUAACAAAAUCAUUUUCUCAUUAUAUCAAAAUCACACCAUGGAACCCUUGAUCUUUUCGGAUAUGACAUUCUAAUAUAGACAAUAACCAAAAAUUUUGUUGAAUUUCCAACAUUUUAAUUGAUUCACUCUAUUUUUCAUUUAGAUUAAAAUAAAAAAUAAAUCUCAGCUAUCAACAUUUAAUAAAUUUACUUAAUAUCAACUUUGGUCAAUACAAUAUUCAAUCUAGAAUUUCAAUAGUUUAAUAUGUGACAUAUUCUUUUUACAUUUAGAGCUUACAAUCAAAAUUAAUUUUCUUCUUUGAUCAAAACAUGUACAUUUCUUUCAGCGCAGUUUUCCUAAUUUAAUAUCAGUCUUUAUCCAUUUAACAAUUCACACAAUUUAAUUUCAAAACAGUAAUUAUAUUUCAUUUAUUUGUCCACUGAACAUAGGCAACUUACCUUAUCACCUUUUUAAUAAUUUUUCUAAAUUUAGAUUUUCAAUAGUUCUAUAUGGGACAAACUCUUUACAUUCAGUCAUAACAAAAUAUUUUUAGAGAAGAUUUCUUGAUUAAGAUAUGUACAUACAUUUUUUCAAUUCCACUUCCCUUUUUUAAUAUCAUUUCCUUUAAUACCUCCAAUAAUUCACAUUACAGAUCUAUAGAUUGGUAUUUUCUCAUUAUAUUCGUUGGUUCCCUGAAACAUAUGCAACCGACCAUUCACUAUUGGCAUUACUUCCAAUUCUACAGCUGCUACUCUAUUAAAAUAUCAUAUUUUGAUAAAAAAAAUUUUAAAAAUUUUCUAUAUAAUUUUCAAUAAUAUUCAUUCAUUAUAACUUUGCUCAAAUUAAUAUAAUUAUUAUCAGUCCUAUACAGUAGACAAACAGUCUAUGACGUCACAGCAUAUGAGUAGAAUUUUGCUUUUGUUUACGGUGCACUAAUGAAUAUAUCAUUAUAGCUUAUUAACCUUUAUUUACAAUUUAGAAUUCAUAUCAAACAAAUUUAAUAGUUGCAUAUUCACAAUUGAAUAAUUAAGUUAAAUAUUAAUGCACAUUGUCAAAAAUUUUUCGGUUGACAUUUGAGAAAUCCACCUAUCUUCUUUGACAUCUUGUCAUGAAUUUUCAGGCACCAAUCUGUCUAAUCAGUUGGUUGUUAACCUCUCACCUGAUCACAACCUUGUGCUAAUUCCGAGCAAGGAUGACAUACAUCCACAUGUGAUACAUUUUUAAUCUUAAGACAUCGACUUAUUGUCGAUUACUAUACAGCUCAUAAUGUAGCAAUAAUGUUAUUUUGAGGUUUUACACCUAUUCAAGUGGCUAGUUUCAAUUACUUGUACACUGGACGUAAGUAACCACAUUUUCUUUUUUAACUGUCAAAA